AUGGCUGUCGAUUCUACUCCAGCCCCCAAGUCAGCUCAGAGACAGAAGCUCAAGUCUUUCGAGCAGCGUCCUCCGAGGCAAUACGACUUCAAGGAAGACCAUGUUGUGGUUACCUACGAUACUCUCCUUAAGAGCAGCAGGAUCAAGCUGCCAGAGAUCACGAAGCCUGAAGACGUGAACAAAACAGAUGAUCUGAACUACUGUGUAUACCAUAGAUUUUUUGGUCAUCAUACCUCCAAGUGCUAUAUCCUUAAGGAUAAGCUACAAGCUCUAUACGACGUGGGAGUCCUAAAGAAGGAAAAGGUGCAAAAGAAGGUGACUACAAACAUGGUCAUGCAAAGAAAGCUUGCAUAUGAGGUCACAGCAGUAGUUCGAAUAUUUGGAAAUUCUAAUCCCGCUGAAGUUAGGGCAACUUUAUAUGUUCAAGCACCAAAUGGUCGGGAACAAUAUAUUGGCAUUGCUAAGUUGCAGUCAUCAGAUAAGGAUUGGGCACAAUUACAGGGAAAAUUUAUGAUUAAUGGUGUUGUUUCAAAGGCUUUCAUAUUUCUGGAAGGGCCUCCACCCGGUACUGAUAUUCUUCUGAAUAGUUUGGUUGUUAAACAUGCACAAAAGAACCAACCACCAUCUCCACCCGAUACAGAGAAUGUUCUUUAUGGGGUCAAUAUAAUCACAAACAGUGAUCUCAGCGAUGGCCUAAAUGGGUGGUUCCCUCUUGGUCCAUGCAAUCUAAGUGUUGCUUAUGGAUCACCUCAUGUUCUUCCUCCAAUGGCAAGAGAUUCUCUUGGCACACAUGAGCCAUUAAAUGGAAACUACAUUCUUGUGACAAACCGAACUCAAUCUUGGAUGGGCCCUGCUCAAACCAUCACUGACAAAUUGAAGCUAAAUGUAACAUACCAAGUGUCUGCUUGGGUUCGAGUCAGUUCUGCAGCAAAUGGUUCUCAGAAUCUCAAUGUGGCUCUUGGUGUUGAUAGCCAGUGGGUCAAUGGGGGACAAGUUGAAGCUAAAGAUGAAAGGUGGUAUGAAAUUGGAGGAGCAUUCAGAAUUGAGGAGCAACCGAAAAGAGUUAUUGUUUAUGUUCAAGGUGCCUCACCAGGUGUUGAUGUAAUGCUUGCCGGGCUUCAAAUAUUUCCUGUUGACAGGAAAGCAAGAUUCAGACAUCUUAAACAUCAAACUGACAAGGUACGAAAGCGAGAUGUUACCAUUAAAAUUUCAGGAUCAGGCACCGAGAGCCUUCUUGGAACAUUCGUCAAAGUCAGACAGAUCAAGAACAGUUUCCCCUUUGGAUCAUGCAUUAUGCGGACGAAUAUGGAUAAUGAAGAUUUUGUUGAUUUCUUCACCAAAAAUUUCAACUGGGGGGUGUUUGGGAACGAGCUAAAAUGGUAUUGGACAGAAGCACAGCGAGGAAACUUAAACUACACUGACGCUGAUGAACUCGUAGACUUGUGCAAGAAAAAUGGGAUGGAAGUUAGAGGCCACUGUAUCUUUUGGGAAGUAGAUGGCACUGUGCAAUCUUGGAUCAAAUCCCUGAACAAGAAUGAUCUGAUGUCAGCAGUUCAGAACCGGCUUAAUAGUCUUCUAUCAAGGUACAAAGGCAAAUUCAAACAUUACGAUGUCAACAAUGAGAUGCUUCAUGGAUCCUUUUAUCAAGAUAGACUAGGAAAAGAUAUUCGAGCUUCUAUGUUUAAAACUGCACAUCAAUUAGAUCCUGAUGCUACCCUGUUUGUUAACGACUACCAUGUUGAAGAUGGAACUGAUCCUCGCGCAGCACCUGAGAAAUAUAUCGAGCAUAUAAUUGGAUUACAAGAACAAGGAGCACCUGUUGGAGGGAUUGGAAUACAAGGGCAUAUUGAUUAUCCUGUAGGCCCAAUUGUAUGCUCAGCAUUGGAUAAGUUAGGCGUUUUAGGACUUCCUAUUUGGUUUACUGAACUGGACGUAGGAGCAGAGAAUGAGUUUGUUCGAGCUGAGGAUUUGGAGGUUAUGCUUCGAGAAGCUUAUGCUCACCCUGCAGUUGAGGGAAUAAUGCUUUGGGGAUUCUGGGAGUUGUACGUGAGGAAUAACGGUCACUUGGUUAAUGCUGAAGGUGAUCUUAAUGAAGCUGGGAAUAGGUACUUGGCUCUCAAGAGAGAAUGGAUGUCUCAUUGUAAUGGGUAUGUUGAUGAGAACUGCGAGUUAAAGUUUAGAGGCUUUCAUGGUGAUUAUACCAUUGAAGUUGUUAGCUUAACGAAGAAAUUCUCUCGAACCUUCACCGUGGAGAGAGGGGAUGCUCCUCUGGUGGUGAAUAUAAACUUGUGAAAGGUACAUGGUUUCUUAUAAGCUUUACAGAAUAAUGGGGGCCGUUGCUGAUAAUUUGUUUCAUGUUGUGUACUAAUCUUCUCUUGGCCACAAUGCAUUAUGGUCUGGUGUAAGAAAUAAACAUGGAAUGUUAUAUUUUCUCUUGUAAAUUGUCUUAUAAAAAUAUGAUGCUGUUGGUUGUAUAAAACUAAGUUUGAAAAUUGAGACGAUUAUGUUUUUUUU